AGACCCGGUUACCCGUUCGUACUUGACGAUCUAGGCUUGCUUUUCAAUAUACGGCCUGAUGGUACGCGCAGCCUUUGUGUACCCAAGGCUAUGGUCCAGACAGUUCUGGGAGAAGCUCAUGAUAGUAAGCACCAUUUUGGCAGAAACCGGAUGCUCUACGACCUAAAAGGGCUGUCAAUCCAUCGAAAAACCAAAGCCGUCAAA